AUAAAUGCAUCCUCUCUGCAGUGCAUACUUGCUCCCACAGCUCCACAGCACAGCUGAAAAGCACUGCUCGCCUUUGGCUUCUCAGGAUUCAGCCUGGAGCCCGCCGGGACCCAGCCACUCAGCCAUGCUAAGGAGAGGCUUCCAGGCAGCAGCAAGACUUGGCUAUCACAGAGUCCUCCCUGGUGGCCGCUGCAUCCUGCCCAGACUCAACCCUGCCUCAGCGUUUGGAUCCUCCACAGACUCUCUGGUCUCAAGAUUCUGUCCAGAGAAGACAGACUUUAAGGAUUAUGCCCUCCCCAAUGCCAGCUGGUGUCCAGACAUGCUGAGCCUGUACAAAGAGUUCAUGGAGAAGACCAAGUCCAGCGGCUGGGUGAAGUUGCCCUCCUUCAAGUCCAACAGAGAACACAUACAGGGACUCAAGCUCCCAUCAGGGCUAGCAGUCCCCUCAGACAAAAGGGACUGGCGCUCCCUCACCAGGUGCAUCCAAGUGGAAGGACAAGGCUACGAGUAUGUCAUCUUUUUCCACCCGUCCGAGAAGAAGUCGGUCUGUCUUUUCCAACCAGGCCCCUACCUGGAGGGCCCCCCGGGACUUGCUCACGGAGGGGCCCUGGCAGCCAUGAUGGAUGAGACCUUUUCUAAAACUGCCUACCUGACUGGAGAGGGGCUGCUCACACUAAGCCUCAAUAUCAGGUUCAAAAAUCUGAUCCCCGUGGGCUCUCUGGUUGUACUGAAUGUUGAAGUGGAAAAAAUCGAGGACCAGAAGAUUUACAUUUCCUGUAUCGCCCAGAACAGAGACCAGCAGAUGGUUUAUGCUAAGUCCUCAGGUAAGGAAGUCCUCACCCUCAGUCCCAUGCCCCGUCCUGCCGUCACCCACCCCCAGAAGAAAUGGGGAGGGAAAAUGCUAAGGAUCAGGUCACAAACUGGUCCAGCUUAUUAGGGAUAGGAUUUGGUGCCUGCUGUAGACACAGACCAAGUGCCGAAGAACUUUCUCUAGGGAUGGUUUGCCCGACCUGUACCACCAGAACAAGAUCCAGUUAACAGGUAUCUGGUAGCAAAAUGCUCAGAGCAUCCUGUCAAGCUCCUGCCAUCCCCGCCCUGACUCCCGCCAUUCAGCUUACCCUUU